ACAGCAAGCAAAGCGUUUGAGACUGAAAAACCCCGCAUUCUUUUAAAUGGAUUCCGAAAGCUCUGACGAAGAAUAUAACCCGGAACGAAGCCGUACCGCAAGAAAGUCCGCCUCCACUCCAACUCCCGCCUACUCCACCAGAAGACAAGCCGCGAGAAAUGCCUCAAAAGCAAUUAGUGCCUCUUCCUUUGACAAAUCCAUGGAGAAUUUCAACCCGGAUUUGAGCCAACGAGAAAGGCGAAAAAUCAGUAAGAAGUUCAGUAGUGGGACAACUAGGAAACCUAGUGGGGCACUAUAUGAUGAAAAGGGGAUUCAUAUAGCUUCUGGCAGAGAUCUUUGUGACUGUCUCAGUGAAAAAUGUCCAGGCUGUUGGUUUGAAUGUAUUAAAUGCGAAGGCACAAAGUGCGGAGCAGAAUGUAGAGUUUAUAGAAAGUAUGUUGUGGAUUCCAUAGAGUUCCAUGGGUAUGAUAUUACUAUUAAGAAUCCUAUUUUAAGAAACUAGACUAAACUGUAGUUUAGAACAAUGUUAAAAACCCUUGUGAUUGUGCUUAAAAUUGUAUUAAUUAAAUUAUUUAAAAAGAAAAA